GCGGGUUGGAGCUGGUGCCGGCUUCAGCUCCUCGGGGCGACGGACCGUCAUGGGGUAUUGGGUACCUCUGGCUUUGACGGUCAGUAUCGCAACAAUUGGCAUAGCCGCGUGGAUUUGGAGCGAGCGCAGUGAUGAUGACGAUAAUAAUGACGAAGGCGAAUACCCCCUGGACGACUCGAGGGAUGACCGGUCGACUGGGGCAGAUAUUCAUGGUGACGAUGUUGGUAUGAUGGCUCGUAUGCAGGGUGCUUUGCGGCGCACACCGAGCCCUCAGCAGAUCUUCGAUGGGGCUAGUAGACGGGUCGCGGCCGGUAUGGCUGCGGCGGGCGCAUUCAUGGGCAACGCUCUGACAUCAAUACGGGAGGAGGAUCGCGGUGACUUUGAGGAUCACUCGCGAUGGUCCGAAGAGGUUCGGUCGAGGGCUACUCAGGGAGACGCUCAACCUGCCGCAGCAGCUCCGGCGAUGAGCGGAGCGCUUCCCACUCGCAGCGCGGUGAGCGGCCCUCCUGCUCUCGACAAAAAGAAGAAGACGGUAGCGAUUGUGGUCUCCUCUGAGUUGGCAAGUCACGACCCUGACGACUUCACUGAGCACGCGUCUAUUCUUUCUCACCUUCCUGAACAUGUCGACCCUGAGACCGCAAAGAUCUUCGUUCUUAUUUAUGCGCCAGGCCUAAAGCAUGCACCCAACCAGGGCGGCUCGUCCAAUCCUACUCUCUCCGUCACAUCAUCCUAUUCUAAUAUUGCUCCUGAGGAGGCCAGGUCGCCUGGGGAAACACCUAGCGGCGACCUGUCCACUCUCGAGCCUCGCCCAGCUGAUGAGCAGGAAGGCGCCUCUCCAUUGUUCCGCACUUUAUACACGCAGGCGCAGGCCAUUGUCGACAAGGAGAACACCAUCAUGCCGUUUAGCACUGCGACGGGAUACGUGCACCUUGUCCGCCAUCUUUCACCCGACAUUGUCUACGUGCAGGAGUCCUUGACAGGCAAACAAGGCGAUGCGGUGCAACACAUUUCUGGCUGGGUCAGACAGGUCGUGGUGGUAGUUGGAGACGAAGGCGGCCGAGGCGGCCUAAUCGACAGUGAAGAUGAAUCAGUACUUGCCGAGAAGGGUGAGAAGUGGUGGCAGAAGGAGGGGAUGACGGGUAUUGGUAAGCGAAUUGAUGUGGUCGAUGUCCAUCGCACGGGUGAAGACUGGCGACGAAGAGUGUCUGGCCACGACUGAUUUACGCAUCACGAAAAGCUGGAAAGAUUCAUUCAAAUGUUUCUUCUGUGCACUUAUCCACUGUUUGAUGAUGAUUGUGAUUGAUUCCCCCUUCCUGAUGAAUUUCUACAUGACAGUAAUUUUUAGUGUGCAUAUUGAACAAUGUCAUUAUUUUCUCCAAGC